AUGGGUUCAAUUGGUGCGAAAGCAGAGAUCGACUUUGGUCAUUUCACCAACAUUGUCAAUGACCAGCCAAGACACAGUGAGAGGCAAUACCGUGGUGUCGACCCAACGAACAAGGAGGCGCUGUGGGAUGUACCCGUGGCGUCGGUAGCGGAUGUGGACAACGCAGUCGAGGCGGCCAGCCGAGCAUUUGCGUCCUGGUCGACCCUACCUGGCCCGUUGCCAAUGGAUGGGCCAUGGGCCCGCUCCAUUCCGUAA